AUGACAAAUAAGCAGAAACACGACCACAUGGAGAGAGAACUAUCAAACAUAUUGGAUAUUACUCCCAACCAUAACAAAAAAUGGACUGUCAUCAUUCAAGUUUUAGAAUGUGGGAACACAAAACAGAGCAAGACCAAAAGCAACUAUAGAAGACUUAUAUUUAUUGAUACACAGGGAACUAAGGUAUCAGCCUUAAUCUUUAGUAGCUAUCUGGAAUUUUAUAAAAACACAUUCCAAGCAUACAAAUGCUAUCGAAUUUCCAAUGCAAAGUUGAUACCAACAGAACCAAGAUAUCGACUCAGUUCAUACGAACAUUCGUGGUCACUCACCAAACAUACCCUCGUUGAACCGCAGCCAGAGCUAAGUCCACCACCACUCCCAUGCCUAUUCACAUUCACUCCUUUUAGUCAGAUGUUCAAGUACGCAGAUGCAGGAAACAACCAAAAUGUACGAGGGGUCGUUAUUAAAUGCUUUCCAAGUCAACAAAUAGAUCAAGGAGCAAAAACAUCAUCAAAGAGAGAUGUGAUUAUUGUGAAUGAAGAGAAAAAACUGCUUAUACUUACAUUAUGGGAUUCCUUGAAUGACAAUGAAGGAAAAGCAAUAGAAGAAUUGACCCAGAAUGGGCCAAUGAUAUUUGCUAUAAGAGUGAAGGUCACAACUUUCUAUGGGCUAUCAUUGUCAAUAACUAAUGGAUCUUCAAUCCUUAUAAAUCCACCAGUCAAGGCAGACCUACAACUAGAUAACUGGUUUCAACAAAACAACAACGAAAUAAAAGAGUUACUUCGAAAGGAAUCAUACAAAGAUACUGAUAUUCUUUUGCCACAUCCCGAAGAAGAGGACAUAAUUCCAAUGGCUGUAGCAGUCACAAGGAUGGAAAAUAUGUUAGUUGGACCAUCACAUGUCCUGUCAAGAGCAACAAUUAAUAUCGAUGAUGGAAGCGGAUCCAUUUGUGCGACUAUUUCUACACCAGAUAUAGAAAAGUUCAUUCAGUUUAAUCCAAAUUCACUUAGAGAAGCCGAAGAAAAUGGAGAAGAAGUUCAUGUCAAAAUUGCAGCAUCAAUUAAAUCUUUAUCAAUUGUAGCAUUUGUACGAUCAUAUCAAACAUAUCAUCAACAAAAACCUACCAAAAGAUUUGUCAUUGUUAAGGCAUAUAAUCCUCAACAACAAAACACCCAUAACCAACAACAAAUCGAAACAUCAAACCCACCUGACCCUCAAUCAUCAACCAAAACACCUUCAUCUAUGCAAACACAAAAGCGUAGCCAACAUCAAAUCGAGAGAUCCAAGGGCAUUGAAACUUCAACAGCUGCUCCUAUAAGACCAUCUAAAAAAAUGAAAUAG